AUGGCUUCGACCACCACCUGCACCCGCUUCACCGACGAGUAUCAGCUCUUCGAGGAGCUGGGCAAGGGGGCGUUCUCAGUGGUGCGAAGAUGCCUGAAAAUCACUACGGGACAAGAAUACGCUGCCAAAAUUAUCAACACUAAAAAGCUGUCAGCGAGGGAUCACCAGAAAUUGGAAAGAGAAGCUAGAAUCUGCCGCCUCCUGAAGCACCCAAACAUUGUGCGACUUCAUGACAGCAUAUCAGAAGAAGGUUUCCAUUACUUAGUCUUUGAUUUAGUUACUGGAGGUGAACUGUUUGAGGACAUUGUUGCAAGGGAGUAUUACAGUGAAGCAGAUGCAAGUCAUUGCAUUCAGCAGAUCCUGGAGGCUGUGCUCCACUGCCAUCAGAUGGGUGUAGUCCAUCGGGACUUGAAGCCCGAGAACUUGCUUCUAGCGAGCAAGUCCAAGGGGGCGGCUGUAAAACUGGCAGAUUUUGGAUUGGCUAUAGAAGUGCAAGGUGAACAGCAGGCCUGGUUUGGAUUUGCUGGUACGCCAGGAUACCUUUCCCCAGAGGUGCUACGAAAAGAUCCUUAUGGAAAGCCAGUGGACAUGUGGGCAUGCGGUGUUAUUCUCUACAUUCUCUUGGUGGGAUACCCUCCAUUUUGGGAUGAAGAUCAACACAGACUCUACCAACAAAUCAAGGCUGGUGCUUAUGAUUUUCCUUCACCAGAAUGGGACACGGUGACCCCAGAAGCCAAAGACCUUAUCAACAAAAUGCUUACAAUCAACCCUGCCAAACGUAUCAAUGCAUCAGAGGCCCUCAAACAUCCAUGGAUCUGUCAACGUUCUACUGUUGCUUCCAUGAUGCACAGACAGGAGACUGUAGACUGCCUGAAGAAAUUCAAUGCAAGAAGGAAACUUAAGGGGGCCAUUUUGACAACUAUGUUGGCUACAAGAAACUUCUCAGCAGCCAAGAGUUUACUGAAGAAACCGGACGGAGUGAAGAAAAGGAAGUCCAGUUCGAGUGUUCAGAUGAUGAUAAACAACAAAACCAACGUGGUAACCAGCCCCAAAGAAAAUAUUCCUACCCCGGCGCUGGAGCCCCAAACUACCGUAAUCCACAAUCCAGAUGGAAAUAAGGAAUCAACAGAGAGCUCCAACACAACCAUUGAAGAUGAAGAUGUAAAAGCUCGUAAGCAGGAGAUUAUCAAGGUUACUGAGCAGCUGAUUGAAGCUAUCAAUAAUGGAGAUUUUGAAGCCUACACGAAAAUUUGUGACCCAGGCCUUACCUCAUUUGAACCAGAAGCUUUGGGAAAUCUUGUGGAGGGGAUGGACUUCCACCGGUUUUACUUUGAGAAUGCUUUGUCUAAGAGCAACAAGCCAAUCCACACCAUUAUUCUUAAUCCUCAUGUCCACCUUGUGGGCGAUGAUGCUGCCUGCAUUGCAUAUAUACGGUUGACACAAUACAUGGAUGGAAGUGGAAUGCCAAAGACUAUGCAGUCCGAAGAGACACGGGUCUGGCACCGCCGUGAUGGGAAAUGGCAAAAUGUUCACUUUCACCGUUCAGGAUCACCAACAGUACCUAUCAACUAAAUGUCCAUGGUGCCACGUUUGCAUCUUCUGCACUCUGCGCUCAGCUGGCUACCAUCUGGGCCACCCCCAUUGUCCUCUUCAUGCAUGUUUUUGAGUGCAUGAAGCUGUGAAGUUUCUACAUGUGAUCCAUUUAUGAUGAAUCAUUUUGUUAUAUAUUCCAUUGGUACCUUUUGUUUACACUUCUGUGGAGGGGAUGUUCCAUACAAAUUAAAAAUGGCAGAAUAAGACAGGAAGUGG